AUGACAUUAUGUAGUAGACUGUUGGGUUGUUUACAUUGGUGUCGUUGUUAUGUGCCGAGUCUUGAUGGAAGGGACAAAAGAGUACUGUAUUUUCUUACUGUAGUUUCUGUUGUGUUGUUUUUGAAUGGUUUUCGUUACAAUUACUGGUUGAAUCACCAAAAGUUACCUGCACGAAGUUGUUGGUGUAAUGGAGAAAAUGUAAGUUGUUCUUAUAUUGUCAUCUUUAGGUAAACAAUAAUUACGCAGAGUAUUUUUAACUAUUUUUCUAACUUGAUUUUUAGAAUAUAUUGAUUUACUUAAAGUCGACGAUACGUAAAUUAAAAAUGGCAAAUUUUCGUUAUAUGAUGCAAGUCAUGUUGUUUUAGUUUUGUUUUACUGGCCUCGACGAAUCUCUGAAUCAUACCAUUGGCUCAGCUUUACAUUGUGAAAACUAUGAAUAUAUUAGAGACUUUGGACUACUGCAGUCAGAUAUUGACAAAGUGUCAAAUGAGUUUGGUAUAAUCGAAAAAGAUUGGACACCAGUUUUUGUUACCUCAGCUUCUUACAAUCACUUUUACGAACUCAGACAGUACGUCAAUGUUAUACGGGUCAAUUACAAGAUGUCAAAGAUUGUUGUUUAUGAUAUUGGGUUGAGCAAGUGGAUGGUAAUUUAUUUUUUUUUCUUUUUUUCGAUGGAAAUUGACUAUUUUAUCAUUUCUCAAAGUAAUAUUUUAGGUUGACGAGAUCAAAACUUGGUGCCUAGUAGAAUAUCGGUACUUCAACUUUGCCAGAUAUCCUGAACAUGUCAGUUACCUCAUGAACUAUGCUUUCAAGAUUGUCAUAGCGGAUGCAUUGAAGACUUACAAAAAACUUUUUUUUACACUGACACUAGUGUCAGAUUCUUCAAGAAUUUUCAUCAGAGUAUUGUACGUGAUCUCAACAGAGGACUUAUUCUGUCAUUUAUGACAUUCACUUUCUCUGAUCAUGGCAUUUAUGGCGCUACUGAUCCAGGUAACGUCUUUAAAUUACAUUGUUUUUAAAUUUGUAAAUUUUGGAUUAUUUUUAGUUAAAAUGACAUUAAAUUCUGAUUUUUGAAGACAUUUUUUAGGUAUGUUAUCUUACAUUCCAGUCCCUUCAAAUCUCACAAAGUCUAAAGAAUGGCAGAGCACUUUAUUAGUGACCGACUCCAAAUACACUCGUACUCUUCUCAAGUACUUCGUACUGUGUGCUCUGACAGAAGACUGUAUCUCUCCACCGUCAGCACGAUUAAAAUGCAAUUUUAAUGUCAAAAACAAGAUUACCAUGGAGAUGGGAUGUCAUAGAUACGAUCAAACCUUCUGGAAUCUAUACCAACUAUCCUACAUCUUCGAUCCCAUACAACAAGGUGCAAUCAAGUUGAAAUUGAUCAAAGAAUGGCCAGAAAAGAUGGAGCAACGGGAGAUCGAUGAAGUCUUGACACAAAUGGGAUACAGAUGGGUACUGUACUCAAAGUUGUUCAGGACUCGACGAAAUGACGUAUUUUAUAGAAAAAUGAGUAAUACGUGUAUAUUAGGGUAG